GUGGAAUUGGAUCCGGCUUGACCAAUUAGACGUCAGGUGGCGUGGAGUCAGCGGCGAGCCAAUGGGGGACGUUGUGUCAUCGUCUCGGUGGGGAGGGGGGUCGGCGGAGAAGCGCUAGCCAAUGGGAGUGACUGUGUCAUGUGGCGGUCGGGGCGGCAGGCUGUUCUCGGAGUGGAAAGUAGUGGCGAUCAGGGGCGCCGUGUGUUGGUGGCCAUGGCCGGAGUCCCUCGGAGCGCGGUGUGGGGCUGCGUGUUGCUGCUGAUCGGUGCCUCCCGAGUGGAGGGUCUGAAAUGUUUCUGCUCCCAUUGUGUAUCAACUAACUACACCUGUGAAACAGAUGGGCUCUGUAUGACCACUGUCACUCGCAAGGAAGAUCGAAUAGUACAUGGCAAGAUAUGUGUUUCAAAUGCUGAACUGAUACCCCCAGAUAGACCAUUUCUUUGUGCAACAUCCAAAAAUGAUGCUGUAUCAAAUCGUUGCUGUGACACCGAUUUAUGUAACAGUUAUGAUCUUCCUGUGCCAACAAGAGUGACUCCAGUAAAGCCUCCAUGGCUGAAUUUGGGACCUGUGGAAUUGGCAGCAGUCAUCGCUGGACCAGUAUGUGUGGUUUGCAUUUUACUGAUGGUGACCUUCUACUUCUUUCAUAAUCGCACGGUCAUUCAUCACCGUGUCCCCCAUGAAGAAGAUCCAUCUCUAGAUCAUCCUUUCAUUUCCGAGGGUACCACUCUCAAAGAUCUAAUUUAUGACAUGACCACUUCAGGAUCUGGUUCAGGGUUACCUUUGCUUGUGCAAAGGACAAUUGCAAGAACAAUUGUACUACAAGAAAGUAUAGGUAAAGGUCGAUUUGGAGAAGUCUGGAGAGGAAAAUGGCGAGGUGAAGAAGUUGCAGUUAAGAUUUUCUCUUCUCGUGAAGAAAGGUCAUGGUUUCGUGAAGCAGAAAUUUACCAGACUGUGAUGUUGCGCCAUGAAAAUAUUCUUGGGUUCAUUGCAGCAGAUAACAAAGAUAAUGGGACCUGGACACAGCUGUGGCUGGUAUCAGAUUAUCAUGAACAUGGUUCCCUGUUUGACUACUUGAACAGGUACACUGUUACUGUGGAAGGCAUGAUUAAACUGGCACUUUCUACAGCCAGUGGACUUGCACACUUGCAUAUGGAAAUUGUUGGUACACAAGGAAAACCUGCCAUUGCACACAGAGAUCUAAAAUCAAAAAACAUUCUAGUGAAGAAGAAUGGAACUUGCUGCAUUGCAGAUUUAGGGUUGGCAGUAAGGCAUGACUCGGCCACAGACACGAUUGAUAUUGCUCCAAAUCACAGAGUGGGAACAAAAAGAUACAUGGCUCCAGAAGUUCUUGAUGAUUCCAUAAACAUGAAACAUUUUGAGUCAUUUAAAAGAGCAGAUAUCUAUGCUAUGGGCUUAGUAUUUUGGGAAAUUGCACGGAGAUGUUCAGUGGGUGGUAUUCAUGAAGACUAUCAGCUACCUUACUAUGACUUAGUACCAUCAGACCCUUCAAUUGAGGAAAUGAGGAAAGUGGUGUGUGAGCAGAAACUAAGGCCAAACAUUCCUAACCGAUGGCAAAGUUGUGAGGCUCUACGUGUAAUGGCCAAAAUCAUGCGUGAAUGUUGGUACGCCAAUGGAGCAGCCAGAUUAACUGCUCUUCGGAUCAAGAAAACAUUAUCUCAGCUUAGCCAACAGGAAGGCAUAAAAAUGUAGUCACAUGCAGUCCGGAGAUCAAGUUGACAGGAUCAUAACUGCAGUUGGAUUGCAGUUUUAUUGGAAGGGAUUCUUGUUCUACCUCAUCGAGGGAGCAGAAGAUGGAUCACUCUGUCUGCACCACAUUUUCUAAAUUACAUAGGAAAUUUCCAUCAUGCCUAGCUCUCUAAUGGACGUGCUGAGUGCAGGCUGAGGUCCACUCUGUGCACUGAACACCACCUUCCCAGGACAUUGACAUAUUACGUAGCUUAGGUUUUUUUUAAUUAACAUUUAACUUGAUGACAAAGUUUUAUUAUUGGUCUUAAUAGUAGAAAAGCUGGAACACAUAAGCCUUUACCAAUACUGCCCCCAAAAUGUUGGAGAGACUGGUAAUGGGGCUCGUCCCACAAAGGAAUGAAAUUUCUGUGCAAAGUACAGUAUUACACACAGAGGGUACUCUAGCUAAGGGUUGAGUACUAGUUUUACUGCUUAGCAAUUCAACCAAGUGAUUAUAAUAUUGAUGCCUUGCAAUCUAUUUUCACCUUGUUUGCUAAAGCUUUGAGUCAGGAAUUCUACACCACAUUUGGUUUGAAGAGCCAUUUUACCAUUUUGUAAUGGCCUGUAGACUUGGGAACAAAAUUGAGACACAUACAUUAACGGUUGCUACUUGCAGAGCUAAGGUUUGGUGGUUGAGGCAGUUAGUAAAUUGAGUUACUGAAAUAGUUGCACAAAUCCAGGCCCCUAAUCUGUAAUCACGGACAAUUUCCAAGUUUGGAGAUAAUUAGGUGAAGGGCUUGUAUUUGUGGGUUUUAGUUGAUAGGUUUAACUUUGUUUUAACUGGACAAUGUUUGCACUUAGCAUCUUUUGGAAUUCUUGUUUUAAACUUAUGAAUGUCAAUUCCUAAUUGCAUGCUAUAGGUGCGUAACCCUCUCCUUCAUAAAGACCAGAAGUGAAAUUAUAGUUAGCGUUCCACCAUGCACUUCAAUUGAUUGUAGUUUGGUGGGAGCAGCCACUUAAAAUAGUAAGGAACACACAAUUCUAUAACUUAGUCUCCUGAUAAUGGAGGCUUUUCCUUGUUUUUGUUUGGGGGGGUGGGGAGAAGGGGAAGUGUUGGGUGGGGUUGGGGUUCCUUUAGUAGUUAAAAUUUGCUAUGAUGCCAUCUGUCAGAUUGGUUUUUGCUAAGGAAUGGUUAUUUUGCCAUUUAGAUUUUUAAAGUUCACAAAAUAGCAAAUGUCUCUCAACCAAAUAAAAUUCUAUUGCAUUUUUAUCACUAAAUGAUAGCAGCCAAAUGAAUGAUUGUUAUUGUACGUAGCAUAGUAUGUAGAUUAAUCUUGACAAAUAUUUGCCUCUUUUUCUCUCUCUAUUUGCAGUGUAACACUAAUGACCCAACCAAGUCUUAUUCAGUGCAUUAAAUGUUUGCAAUUGAUCAUGCCAUCUUUUGAAGUGAAAACAUUUUACUUUGCUUUGUUAUAUGUGCCAUUAAAAUCAAAUUAGCUUUAAUGAAUUUAGAAUUGUAACAAUAGUUACUAAAAUGAACUUUCUAUUUGGAGUGGACUGGAUCUUUAUUUGGCUUUUGAAAAGACAAUGUUUUGCAGGAACAAGCAAGCAAAACUCAGAAUUAAAUCAAUUUAUUCAUACAAAUUAUUUUUCCCCAAGACUUGCAUGCUGCUCAGUUUCUGUCCUAGCAAACUUUCUGCAUAUUUUCAAAAUGUAUUUUUGUGUUUGGGGAAGUUGAGUUGGGGGCAAAGAGGAAGAUCUUUUGUUAAAGUUCUUGCAUGGUUUCAUUGUGGCUUUGUUAGAUAAUUUUGUUAAUUUCUGAGGCUUUGUUUCUAUGGCUCAUGAAAUCCCAGCGGAUGUUGCUUAAGGUACUUCACCAGUAUAUCUUUUGUGCCCUGUUACCUUCUACAAAAUUUGCAUCUUAGAAUCUGCCUCUUUACUUGCACAAAAAAAAUGCCAUUACGGGCUUUUGAGCACAGUAAAUUCUUGAACUGUGUGUAAAUCCAAGGCAAUCUAGCUGCCUACUGCUUGGUUCUCUUGGAGCACUCAAUCUGCUAAUAGUCGUGCUUUAUCUGUUUGAGGAAGAAAUGGCCCGAAAGCCCCAACUCGCAGCUUUCUGAUGUACUUUACACACGGCAGUUCUUGAUUACUGAGUCUGCCUUAUCAAGUCUUUGAGGAUAGCUAUAAAGGUUCAACAUCCAAAUUUAACCCAAGGAUGAAAGGACUUUAGCAACUUGUACUUAUUGUAGUGCAGCUGUGCAGUAUUAUUCCUUGAAUUUGGCAAAUAUGCAGUUAACCAAAAUAUUUUUACUUGGUUGCAUUAAAAAAUAUUAGCUCCAUUCUAUAAUACAUUAGUCUAGCUUUUAGUUUUAACGUAGUUUACAUAUAAUUGUAUACUUACAAAUAAAGCCCACAGUAAGAGAAGAUUUUUAUCACUACAGCUUUUUACUCUUUAAUAUCAAAAAAUCUGUAGUGUGAUUUAACAUAAUAACAAAUUUAGUAGAAAAGUGUGGACAAAAACCCAUAGAAAAUAUUGCAUUUAGCUUCUAGCUCAAAUAAAUCCAGAUCUCUUCUCUUUUGACCUUAAUCUCAAAGUGUGUAGUUUCCUGGCUGAGAAGAAACAGUAUUAUAAUUGCAAGUGAUGAAGGCACUUGAAGUGGCAGAACUGCUGCUAAACCCUUGGGUAAAAUGUGUGGUUGCUCCGUUUUAAAGAUUUCUCAUCAGUCAUUCCUGUUGUAGGUCAUCACUGAGCAUAUUGUCAUAGGUCUAAUGUAUAGUUCAGAAAACAUCCUUAAUGUAUGACAAGUUUUGUAUGGUAGGCUUGCGAGCGCAACAAAAUGCGCACCUCCCUAUAAAACCAUAGUAAUUGCUGUGAUCUGUAGCAUGUUAAAUGUGCAUAUCGGAUGUUCUAGUGUAUUACUAUGCUGAAUUUACCCAUGACAACUCUCAGUAUAUACAAGUGAUACUGCUGCAUAUGUUAUGUUAAUAUUAAAUUAUGAAACACUGUGGAUUUUUUUUCCCCUUGUAUUGAGUGCCACGAUCUGCCCUUUCCAGAACAGCCCCACUUGCAUUGUGUUUUGCCAUGCAGCCCUUCUGUGUAUCUGGGAUUACCUUUACUCUACACUCAAACCGUACAGUUGAACCUUUAUGUAAUUCUGCUUUAAAUUAAAGAUACCUCCGGAAUGACCAAGUUGUAUUUACCUCACUGUGUCUGUGAUAUUAUAUAUAUAUGCACAAAUAUAUUUAAUAUAUAUAUUAUAUCACACUGAUUGGGUUCAGUAACUCAGCAUGUUUGCAAACUCAAGUUGAUUUAUAUAAAAUAUGGAUGCUGUAUUAAUUUAAAAAUCCUGUAUCUGUCUAUGGUACUGAUGUGUCUUGUGUAUGUAUUGCGCCUGGCUUAUUGUAUACUAGAUAUUCCUUUUUAUUGUUUGUAUAAAAUUGCUGAUCCAGGAAGUAUCCAUGCUGCCCUUGCAUUGCUUUUCCAUUGGAGGUACAGCUUUACAGCUAGUGUGUAUGGAAAAAAGAAAGAUACUGGAGUCAGUAAAUUCAACAUUUUUUUUCCCUCUCCUUUCUUCCUAAAGUACUAUUAUCAUAAAUUAUGUAAUACAACUCCCUGAUUCUUAAAAUCAUGGUCUUUUGUACAAUGUGCACAACAAAGAUGGACAAUGCUAGAUACUGAAUUAAAUGGCUUACUGAAAGUAUUGGCAUUGUACAAUGCAUCUGACAAAACCAGAUUAAAAUAAACUGUUUAUCACCUA